GGAUUAUUGGGAAAGCUUGUCGUAGGUGAUUGUGUUUUGUUUCACGUGUUGUAUCGAGUGUGCCGGCAAUUUGGCGCGGGAAAAUUCCCCUCUCGUUUGGAUACGAAUUCCAUUCAAUUAGUGGUCGUAAUUUCUAGUGUUUUAGUUUGAAAUAUAAAAGUGUUUUACACAAAUUUGCACGGAUAAUUUCAUUGAAGACAAUCGCACUUUGCUCAUGUGCAUCGUAGUUCUUCUGACAGGACUAAGUGCCACAGCACCCAUGCCUCUCAAUCAGAAAUCAGAUGAAUUCUGGACAAAUUCCUGUGGCAGACAAAUUAGACACAGUAGAAGUUCGGGGAUUGACACUAAUAAAACUAACAGACAAAUGACAAUAUUCGGCAAAUUAAUUGAACAGAAUAUCAUCAAAGAAAGCCUUGCGAAACUGUAUCCUCAUCAUCUUAGAAAUGAACGUACAGGCAGCUGUAAGUGUUUCAACAUCAAAGCAUUCAUGAAACACCUCAACAAAUUCAAAGGAACAAAAGAGAUUACUGAGAACUUUUACCAGAUCAUCAUCAAGUUGGGGAAGUUUAUCGACAAACUCAUGGCGAUUCCGGUGGAAACUGCCAUGAAAUUAAACACUUCUUUGAGAAAAGAAAUUUACGAGGAAACCAGGUUGAAUUUGAGGAGAGUCGUUUGUGAAUUCAAUAUAACUUUGUCCCAUUAUUUCGAGAGUCAUUCUGGCGUUGAGUAUACUCAGCCAGAAGUUCCUGAUUUCAGAGAAGGGUGUUUGCAAAAAUCAUUCGACAGUUCAACUGCACAAAUGAUGGACGUAGACUUCUUCCGAAGGCUGAAAACCUUCUUCAAGCGUAGCCUCAAGUUGCUGAAGAAGACAAGCAUGAAGAAAAACGGGGGAAAGAAGAGAGGUGGUAAAAAAGUUGGCGCAAAAAGUAAAGGUGUGAGGAAAAAUAAAACGAAGGGAAGAAAAAGGACUAAAAAUUCUAGAAAUAUGCAGUAACUUUCUUCUCUUGCGCAAUCUUGGGCUCUUGUUGGAAAAGGGCGAAAAACCAAAGCAGUGUAAAAUUUGAGAGCCAAUAACUGAACUACUAGUUCCUUAAAUGUAUUCUCUUGCCCAGUUAGAUUUUCAAUAUCUGUGAUAUAGAUUAAGUGUGUAUUUAUUUAAUUUAUUUUAUGUUAUAGACACGAAAUCCAACUUUUAAGUGUGUACGCUUAUUUUAUAGAAAAUGUAGGGACUUCCUAGAAAAAAAAAUAUCUUUUUUUUGUCUGGGGUCACAAAAUUUCCCGUGACCUUCGAGUUUGUAUUAUAUUGUGAUAUGUAGGUAAUGUUUCAUAAGUCCUUCCGAGAAUCUCUAGAAGCAAAAUUCAAUUUGUUAGCAAAAUCUCUCAUUGUCUUUCAUUUUAUUUAUUUGUAUUUAUUCCUUUUCAAUCAUUCCAUUAAACAAUGUUUCAUUUUUGUUGGAAGAAAUGUUGAACCUCUUGAAAUAUGUUUUUCCAUUAAAGAGGUUUCAUCUUCAAACAUGCGAUAUUCUUCAGGAUAUUCUGUAAAAUGUUUUUUAUUUUAAUUUAUUGUAUUUAUUUGUAUUUAUUGUUUCUGGCCUAGUGACUUCAAUUUUUGUAAAUAAAAUAUUUUACUAUAA